AUGGGAGACAUGGGAGACCCACCAAAAAAAAAACGCCUGAUUUCCCUAUGUGUUGGUUGCGGCAAUCAAAUUCACGAUCAGUAUAUUCUGAGGGUUUCUCCGGAUUUGGAAUGGCAUGCGGCGUGUUUGAAGUGUGCAGAAUGUAAUCAGUAUUUGGACGAGACCUGUACGUGCUUUGUUAGGGAUGGCAAAACCUACUGUAAAAGAGAUUAUAUCAGCGGAUUUGUGCUUGUCUUCGAGAGACAUAUUGUGUUUGCAGCAGAACCUAUCUCUGCUAGACAGCCAGCUUUGCGACCCCACGUCCACAAGCAGCCCGAGAAAACCACCCGAGUCCGGACUGUCCUUAACGAAAAACAGCUUCACACCUUGAGGACCUGCUACGCUGCCAACCCCAGACCUGACGCCCUCAUGAAAGAGCAACUGGUAGAAAUGACUGGCCUCAGCCCGAGGGUCAUCAGGGUUUGGUUUCAAAACAAGCGAUGCAAGGACAAAAAAAGGAGCAUUAUGAUGAAGCAGCUUCAGCAGCAGCAACCCAAUGACAAAACUAAUAUCCAGGGGAUGACAGGAACUCCGAUGGUGGCUGCUAGUCCGGAGAGACAUGACGGUGGUCUACAGGCGAACCCGGUGGAGGUGCAGAGUUACCAGCCGCCCUGGAAAGUACUGAGUGACUUCGCAUUGCAGAGUGACAUAGACCAACCUGCUUUUCAGCAACUAGUUAAUUUUUCAGAAGGAGGACCCGGUUCCAAUUCUACUGGAAGUGAAGUAGCAUCAAUGUCCUCUCAGCUGCCAGAUACGCCCAACAGCAUGGUAGCCAGUCCUAUUGAGGCAUGAGGAACAUUCAUUUCUGUUGUUUCUGCCCUUACCCUCAAUCUUGCUCGAGAGAGUGGGAAAGUGAUCACGUUGGGACUCCGAAAUUUAGGGGG